AUGGCCUUAAAGACGCUUUUGACAACAAAGCCUCCAACGCCCUAUUUUCGCCCCCCGCCAAUCCACCUAUGUGUGGUGUUGGUGGUGGAGCAGCCCAGGGUGGUGGCCUGGGAGUUUGACGCAAAUGGUGCGAGACCAGCACAGACAAAAAUGAAUAUUCUGGCCGCAUUAACAGAUGGGGAUUCAGUGGCCAAGGUCACUGUAUUCGAGGAGUUUGGAAAAAGAUUUAAGGAGGGUGGCAGUUAUAAUGUGAAGGGGCUGUCUCUGAGAGGGCAGUCCCCCCCAUAUCAAUUAAAUAUAACUAAGGACACGCUGUUCUUUAGGAGCGCUCCUAUAGCGCUCAGUGCAGCGCUCAAACGGGAAGCAGAGCUUCUAAUACACCCCCCCUCUCCACUGACUCCGCUGAGCACCUGCCGGGAAGCCAGGGGCCUGAUAACCGUGGAGGGCGAGGUGGUCGAGCUGUCAGCUUUAAAAGAAGUCACGACAGGGAGAGACGUCGUUCCAUUGCGCAACGUCACGAUGCAGCAGGGGGAAUCACAGAUGUCGCUGUGUUUCUGGAGGGAGGCGGCCAUAUGGCAGCUGCAGGUGGGGGCCCACAUUAAAGUUUCCCAUCUUAAAGCUGGGAGGUCUAACUAUGGGCUCAGACUCCAGUCCACAAACUUUUCCACCAUCGAGGAGGUACGCUCAGAGGACAUCGUGGGGGCACUCGGGGUGAUGGAGAUUGAGGGAGAUCCGGGGAACCUCAACCUUCUCUUAGAAGACGGCCGUACCGUCUUAAUUGAGGAGAGAUUGUGGGAGCCAAUCGAACUUGCCAUGAUUGAACCCGUGAUAAAAGUUCAAAUUAAAAUGACAGGAAACAAGGUGCAGGCGAUUGAAGUGGCAAAAAAUUAAAAUUUCUACUGUUAUAAAAUGUAUAUGUUUAUAAGAUUGUGUUCAUAAUGUAUUAGUUAUGUGUUCAUUUUGUUUUGACUUGUUACUUAUGUUCAAUUGUUUUUUACGCUUGUUUAUAAUUGUUAUUUGUUGCAAUAAAUAUUCAACCGUA